UGCUUUUGUAAUUUAUAUUGUAUCCUAUGUCCUUUAUUUUUAGGAACAGAAUUCAAUGAAUAAUUUUGGAACAUUAUCUUAAAAUAACUAAGUAAAUUGUCACAAAUCAAUGUAGAACAACAGUAUGCCCCACCCGAAAGGGGGUCACAAAAACCCUGAAUAUGCCGGACUAUUUUCCGAUGCAGAUCCAGAAAAAGUAUUUCAUGAUUUACGAGAAAUUGGCCAUGGCAGCUUUGGUGCUGUGUUUUACGCAAGAAAUGUUCAGAAUGAGGCCGUUGCUAUUAAAAAAAUGUCAUUUACAGGCAAAAACUCCACUGAGAAAUGGCAGGAUAUAGUAAAAGAAGUACAAUUUUUUAUUGGACUUAAGCAUGAAAACUGUGUUAGAUAUCAUGCUUGCUAUUUGAAAGAUCAUACAGCAUGGCUUGUUAUGGAGUACUGUCUUGGAUCUGCUUCAGAUAUUUUAGAAGUUCAUAAGAAGUCACUUACUGAAAAUGAAUGUGCUGCUAUUUGUCAUGGAGCCUUAUUUGGGCUGGCACAUUUACAUAAAAAUAACAGAAUACAUAGGGAUAUAAAAGCUGGCAACAUCUUGUUAUCUGAAAAAGGUGUCGUAAAACUAGCUGAUUUUGGUUCUGCUUCAAUGAAAGCUCCAGCCAACUCGUUUGUUGGUACGCCAUACUGGAUGUCACCUGAAGUUAUCCUUGCAAUGGAUGAAGGCCAAUACGAUGGAAAAGUUGAUAUUUGGUCAAUGGGCAUCACUUGUAUUGAACUAGCGGAACGAAAACCACCAUUAUUUAAUAUGAAUGCAAUGAGUGCGUUAUACCACAUAGCUCAAAAUGAUCCUCCUAAGCUAACUGUGGGCAAGUGGUCUUCAGAAUUUAAUGAUUUUGUAGCAAAAUGUCUAGCUAAAUUACCAGGUGAUCGACCGAGUGCUGAUGAACUACUAAAGGAACCAUUCGUAACACGGCAAAGGCCAGCUAAUACACUUUUUGAACUUAUUGAAAGAACUAAAAAAGCAGUUAAAGCACUAGAUAAAGCAAAUUAUAAUCGUAUGAAAAUCAUUAUGGAAGAUUCUGAUGGACAAGAGGAUGAGAUGCCUAGUGCAAAGGCAGUUGGACAUAAUGGCUCUGUGACUGAUGGAAAAACUCCUUUAGAAGAGGAUGUUAGGAAACUCAGUGUAACCAGCCAUGGAAGCAGUGAAAGUGAAUAUGAGAAACCUGACUCGACGUCUGAUCCAAUCAUUAUAAGUAGAAGAGUAAAAGUACCUGAUGUUGAUGAUAGGUUCGCUACUUUGCGUCCUGCUCAGAUGGUUGCUAGGCAAAUGCAUGAGCAUCAAGGCUCAGACGCAUAUCGAGAACAACUACAAGUUUAUAAAAGGCUUCGUCAGCAGCAUCAGAAAUUGAUCAUCCAGCUUGAACAGAAACAACAGCAAGAGAUGUACGAACAUAGAAAAGCCUUAGAAAGAGAAUUCGAAAAUCAAAUGCACACGUUCGAUAAAGAAAUGGAGAAGUUAAAAAUGAAACACAAGCAAGAACUGGAACAGAAGGUUAAGCAAGGCAUGGCGGAUGAGAAAAGGUUGAUCAAAAAAAUCAAAGAUGAUCAAGACGGCGAGCUUCGUCAACUUUCUGUUCAAGUUAAAACUGACUUCAAAAAAGCAAAACUACAACUCAAACAGGACGAAGUGAACAAACGCGCGUCUGUGACAUCAUCACAGUUAAAAGAACAAUUUUUGCAACAUCAACGCGAUCAAGAGACGAGAAAGUACAAUGAACAUGUAGCUGAGAUGGAAGAAAACCUCAGAACUUACCGAAGAAAACAUCUUUGUCAAAGUCGUGCGUUGGAAAAGCAAUUGCUAAUGGAGGAAAUGAAUACAUUGCAAUCUCAGAAGGAUCAGGCUCAUCAAAUGUUAUCACGUCAUCAUCAGUGUACGCAGGAGCUUGAGUACAAGCAAUUGAAUAGUAUGCAUCGACUACGUAAAGAACAACAAUCUAAUCUCCAUGAAACUGAGAGAGACAAUCAAUCAGAGUAUAACAAGAAAGCAGAAAUGGAGCUGCAGAAGAAGCAUUUGCUGGAACUGCGACAAAGACCAAAAACACUCAAGGCACAAGAACUUAAGGUGAAGAAACAAUUUAACGAGACGUGCAAGAUACAAGAACGACAAUAUAAAAUGCUGCGCAAGCAGAUGUUGGCGAAAGCUCCGCGUGAACAACAUCGCGAAAUUAUACAAAAAUUCAAAGAAGAUCGCAUGAGAAAGUUUGCCGAUCUUGGUUCACAAUACGACCAAAGUAUAAACGACUUGCUACAGAAACAAAAGGUUCGUCUUGAUGAGCUUCAGUUGCAAGAACUUGAAGCAUUACGCAUUCAGUUGCAAGAAGAACAAACAGUGUUGGAUACUUAUCAAGCCAAACAAUCUGCUCACUUAAAUUCUCACAUUGACAAAGAGUUGAAAGAUCUACAAGAUCGAGUUGAAUUGAGGAAAAAACUUUUAGAAGAGAGGAUGUUUGAAGAGAGCACGCGGCUUCAAGACAUUCGAUUGGAAAGACUCAAAGAAAUGCAAAAUCGACAUCAAUUCGAACUCGAGGAUUUUGAUUCCUCAUCACGGAGACAUAUCGAUAAUCUUCGCGCGGGUCGUUCUGCAAGUAGCUUCAGCGGCAGCACGAGUCCACGUUUUAGCCGAGCAUUCAAUCAAGGUAGUCCACGACUCAGUAAUAGAUCGCUAGGUAGUCCGGCUAGUCGAAACCCGCAGUCUAAUCGUAACAGUUUUAUCAGCAUGUCUAAUCUUCAAUCCGCAACCAAUAAUUCUACGCGCGAAAGUUUAGCAUCGCAAUUUAGUAACGGCCCGUUACAACCGGCGCAUAGCGCGAGCAAUGUAACAAGAACUAGAAGUAACGAGAGUCGAAACGGUAACGCUCGCUUAUCGUAUCACGAAGGUAGUCGAAAAUAGCUAUUUUCACCGAAUCAGUAUUGUUACUACACUAAAGAAUGUCGUAACUAGCGAUAAUAAUUAUCGAAAAAAAUUCACUAUGUGCAGUAGCUUUUAUUUUUUUUUAAAUAUGGCGGAAGUAUAUCAAGGGAAUAAAAAAAGUGCGGGAAGAAAAAAGCGAGAAAAAAUUAGUAACGAUUGCUCCUUAAAAUUAAUGCGAAAGUAUUUAAAAAUUGUGGGAUUCAUUCAUUUGUAUGAUCUUCUGUUUUCAUGGGAUAUUUAUUUUAAAAAGGGAUUUAAAUCAUACCUUAUACAAGUCACAUUGUUUUUAAAAAUGAAACUUUAUUUUUUAGUUAGUGCUACCUGGUCCAUUUUUGGCGGAGUACUAGAAAAUCCUUAAAGCUUGUUUGAAAUUGACUGGUAAAAUUUUUUUUGCAAUAGAAUAAGUUCUAAUUUUAUUAUUCCGCGCUCUUUACGCGCAUUUUUAUUAUUCCUUUCGGUAGCGUUUUCCGGUAACAUGUACCUGUAACGUUUUCAGCUUGUUUGUGGCGCAAUAAAUAAUUUUUCUAUUCUAAGUUACAAAAACAUGAUUCAUGAACUCUAGAAGCUCCAAAGAGGUGACGUUUCAAACAAAAAAUUAAUUUCACUGCGAAGUCUUCAUUUUAUCUCAUUUAUUCAUUGAUUCUCGGAACCUCAAAAUCCUAUCACAAAUGUUAAUCGCUCUCUCUCCAUCAAAAGCUUGAACUUUUUAGUGUGAUAAAGAGUGUCUUAUUAUAUUUCUGUCUGUUUAAGUUUCCCCCGUAUUGAUAGAUGUUUUUUUUUCGUUUUUGCCAAUCUAAGAAAACUUUUAAAUUUUAUUUCAGUUUUAUCACUAAAUAUGACAACCACGUCCCCAGGGCUUUUUAACGUGAAAAUGGUUUAUCUUUUCUCUUCAUUGCGUUUUAACUUUUUGUAAUAAAACAGUUAUGAUUACUCUUACAACUUAGUGCACAGGCCCAUUUUGUAUGUAACUAUAUAUUAGGGUCAAGUACAAUGUAGUAUUAUUUUGGUAUGUAUAUAUGUUUCUUAAUUUUUUUUGUUUGUUAUAUACCAUGCGCUGAAAUCAAAAUUUCGCAAUAAAAUUUUAUUUUUUAGUAUAAUUGUUGUAUUAAUGAUAAUAUUUUUCCACAUACAUAGAAAAUAAGAUGCGUCUAAUUCUCUUA